AUGGUAAAGAGAUCCGUAGGAAGGAAGGUAGCAUUAAGCUUAUCUAACCAGUUGAUGACUUGGAAAUGGAAACAGCAGUCAUGGUUAUUAGACAGAAAGUUAGCGACAAUAAACAAUGAUUAUUUUAUUUCGCAAUGGGAACUCCUUUUUUUAACUAAUGAGGUCACGGAAUGGAAAGAAAUGAUUGCCUUCUUGGAAAGCCAGUUAUGUUGCACAACACGGAAUUUCAUGGGGGGGGAGACAUACAAUAGGAAAAACUUUCAAAACUUGAUAGACGAUUAUAACGAACUGUUAAGCGAAAACAACUUGAUUAUUUCCGUUUUGAAAAGUAGGCCGCGGCUAUCCUCAUUUCCAAUAUAUUUGGGCGAUGAAGUAUGUUCACACUUUAAACUCGCCAUUGCAGAGCUAGAUUCACUGAUAAUAAUCUCUUUUAUUUCUUUGGUAUUUUUGUGGGUAGCGAUAGAAGUUUGA